CAGUCUACACAAUGAGUAAGACGAGAAACAGGGAAAGAAUUAAGCAAGAAAAAGAAGUGACCAAAGGUGUUAUGCGAUAUGCUUUAUCAGAUCGCUCAUUCGUCGAAAAAGGCUGGACAAUAUUACCAACUGAAAAAAUUGUACGACAGAUGAAUGUAUAUCGUAUGAAGCCCGCAAAUCCGGAAUUUAAUUGGUUUGAACACAACAAGAACAAAAAAUUAAUUCUGUAUGACACUGGAGAGAAACUAGCAGAAAUUGAUGAUUAUGGUAAAGGACACUGGUUUUAUAGAAAUGGAUGUAAGGCGCUGGAUUAUUAUGAUGCCGAAGAAAUACAUGCUCAGCAAAGAUAUGUCAUAUACAGCAACGGGGAACCCGAUGACCGUGGGCGAUCACGGCCCCUAACAAUUUUAGCCAUGUUUGAUUAUCUAGGAAAUGGUAUUGUUUUCGAUCACAAAGGAAAAAUAAGGCUUAAAUAUAACCAAACAGAAGGAGUCGUAUUAGAUCGGAAUAUUGGGCCAGUUUCUCAUUGGAAAUGGCAUACAUUAAACGAUCCUCCUGUAUUACAACAAAUCUUGAUUGAUACUCAUUUGACCCAUAAAGAUCCUGAUAUUCUAAAAUUCAGUGGACCUGUAGAUGAUAUUCCGCGACAUGAAAAUGAAGAAAUGGUAGCAAUCGAAUUCGAUAAUUUUAUAAAAGAAAAAGGCAAAAAGUUGUCACAAAAUUUUGAACCAUUUCAAAUAAAAAUGAAAGCACUAAAAAUUAACGAAAACUUUUCACUGAGGGUUCUCGGACAAGAUAAAAUUUACUUGACAUUCCGAGAUGGAUCGACAAAUUUAAAAUUAAAUUUAGGUAUGAUACUGGAUCACAAAGAGAUCGUGGAUACGGACAUUGCUGAAGUUGGGGAAGUUUCAAAUAGCCUCAAACGUUAUCCUGCUCCAUCGUCUAGCAUAGCUGCUCUGCAGGUCGAGAGCAUAGAACAAACAAAGCGUACACAGAGGGCUCGACUAGAACGCGAGCGACGUAUACGGCCAAAACAGAUCUAUUCUAGUGCAGAUAGACUCAUAUCCGGCGUAUCAAAACCUUUGCGAAAGCCAGUCCUCCCGGUGCAUUCACACGCAACAACAAAUACAACAGAAUCCCAAUGUAGGUGUAGAAAACCUUCUCUUAAAAAUUUGUAUUAUGACACUCGUUUAAUUUAG